UUAGGCCACUAGAGGGGGACUGACUAGGGGUUGUAGUCUAACUUCAUAUCACAGAAAAAAACUGUAGCCUCUAUUUAUUUUUCUGUCUCCUUACAAUCUAAAGGAUUGUAAAUAAUCUGUGAAAUGUACUAGUUUAUGAUAAAAGUGCAGAGGGUCUUACAAUGUGGCCUUUUAUUCUUGUUUUGUUUUUUGUGACUUAUAGCCUCAGAUUACUAAACAAUUUUCAAGUGGAGGACCUGCCUACAUUACAAAUCUACCGCGCAGAUGGCAGUGGCAUUCAACAGCAAGGCUGGGGAGAUUGGAGGAGAUGGUUGGAAGCUGAUGGAUAAUGACGAGAGAUCCAUAUACGAGGGGAGAUCCAAAAGUUCAGUGUGGUGCAUUGGAGCUGCUGCAGUGGGUCUGGGGCUGCUGAUCCUUCUUCUGCUGGCUGUGACCUUAGGCUUAGUGGCCCACAAUACCAGAGCCACCAGUCCUCAGGGCAUAGAACAACUGUUCAUUGGUCAAACUGCGUGUGAAAACUUGACUCUUCAGUGGAUCCAGUUACAGAAGAGGUACAACAUGUUGUCAGAAAACAAAAACCAGUUACUGACCAUGUUCAGUUCUCUGGCUGAAGAGAGAGACGCCCUCAAAGAUGAGAGAGACCAACUGAUGAUGGUUUCCAGCAACUUGACUAAAGAGAUGGAGCUGCUCCAGAGCCGAUUCAACACUGUGGUUGCAACUCGAGAUGAGUUACAGGAGGAAGCCAACAGGCUGAAUCUCAACAGAUCGAAUAAACUUUGUCCCCAGGAUUGGAAAAAACACAACAACAAAUGCUACUAUGUCUCUGAAACUGGAUUGACUAAAAACUGGGAAAGAAGCAAAAAAGACUGUGAGGACAGAGGAGCUCACUUGGUGAUCAUAACCACCGAAGUUGAGCAGCAAUUUGUCACCAGAUUUUACGACCGAACCUGGAUCGGACUGUCUGACAGGGACCAAGAAGGCAAGUGGAAGUGGGUGGAUGGGACAGGCCUGGUAGGUGAUGGAUUCUGGCAAGAAGGGGAGCCCAAUGAUCAUUCUGGGAAUGAGGACUGUGUGGAGGUCUCUCGUGGAGGAGAUGGAUGGAAUGACGUGCGUUGCAGUCUCAAGUUAUCAUGGGUUUGUGAGGGUCAAGAUCUAUCGUGAAGCCAUACAAGUAUGUCUUUCAGUUUAUGUCAGUGAGUUCUUCUCAUUGUAGAGUGUAUCACAUGUUUUCAUAUUCAUGUCCAUCUUCUUGCUCAAAUAUCAUUUGCCAGUGUUGAUGAGCUCUAUAAUCAUUUUAUGUGUUCAUUAUAAGCAAACAAACUUAUCUUUCUAAAUUCUUUUAAACAACAAAAAGCACUGAAAUAAAUGUAAAGGUGAUAUAUCCAGUGAAAAAUGAUAGCAUCCUGUAAAGUUUCCUUUCAUCUUCACAUUAUCAUAUCUUGUUUAUUAAUGUUUGUUCCUGCUUAUGUCAAUAAAUUAGUAAUUGUAAACUUGUAAACAUGAGCCAAAAUAUAUUGUUCACCAAACUGACAAAUUAUCCAGUCAGUGAUAAGUGUAAUGCACAAUGUUGUAGCUUUUGAAUGUUUUCUCCCAUUGCUUAUAAGAAUGAACAAUAUAAACAUGGACAAAAAUAAAACUAAUUUGUAAUAUAUU